AGCUAUCGCCUGCCGCCGUCCCCUUAUUAGUAAUGUUAUUUCAGUAUUGGCUGCCCUGCGCCCAACCUGCGCGGCGAUUGGAAGACAUUUUUUGCUCCAAGAGCCAAGCAAGCUGUCAAUAGCACGCCAACCCAACCUACUCAUUAUCAACUGGGAGAGAAGAGAGAGAACCGAUAGGGACGGUGUUGUGAGGCGUAAAGAAAGUGGAGGGCUCUCGGAAAACAAAAUGAAUAAACCCCUGAUAGUCAUGAUACUGACAUACAGGUGAAAAUCAAAUGCAAAACUCAUCCGUCUGAGUCGGACAUUUAAAACUAAGAAGUACCUGCCAAGGAGAAAAGGCUGAUUCCGUACUUAGUUGCAUUGUUGUUACAUUUUUUCCUGCCGAAGGUACCGUACGGUCUGGGAGGAGGAGGUGGGGUGGGGGGGGGUUUACUGGUACAAAAACUGCAAGCAUUAAUCUUGUGUGCCUGGCUGAAAAAAACAUGUCCAGGAAAAGGGCCGUAAAAAGCAAGACUAGCACCGCCGCCCCAACAGCCGCCCUGCAUAGCAAAGAGAACGGGAACGCUGGAAAGGGUACCGCUGGAUCGGACGCUCCCCUAAACGGCGUGGUGUAUCCGAGCAGACCUUCUUUGAGCAACAGCAGCGAGUUUUAUGAUAUUGCCUUUAAGGUGAUGUUAGUUGGGGACUCUGGUGUUGGAAAGACGUGCUUGCUGGUCCGUUUUAAAGAUGGCGCCUUUCUGGCGGGGAGCUUCAUUUCGACUGUGGGCAUCGACUUCAGGAACAAGGUGUUGAACAUCGAUGGGGUGAAGGUGAAGCUACAGAUCUGGGAUACUGCAGGACAAGAACGGUUUCGCAGUGUCACCCAUGCCUACUACCGGGAUGCUCACGCUCUGUUGUUGCUGUAUGACGUCACCAACAAAACGUCCUUUGACAACAUUCAGGCUUGGCUUACAGAAAUCCAUGAAUAUGCACAACAAGAUGUAGUUCUCAUGCUCUUGGGAAACAAGGCGGACGCUACCCAUGAGAGGGUGGUGAAGAGGGAAGAGGGAGAAAAGCUGGCAAAGGAGUUUGGGGUCCCGUUUAUGGAAACGAGUGCCAAAACUGGUCUUAAUGUUGACUUGGCAUUCUUAGCCGUGGCAAAAGAACUGAAGCACAGAUCGAUGAGGAAUCCGAAUGAGCCCACGUUCAAACUGCAUGACUACGUCAACAAGGAGAUGAAGAGCUCUGGAUGUUGCAAGUCAUAAUCGUUCCAUGAUUUGGGUUUUUCACACGUGUGUUUGUGCGGAAGACUGAAAAGGUGUCAAAGUGUGCCUGGGCUGAAGUCUUUUUUUUUUUCUUUUCACAAAAUGUUUCAGGCUCUCCUUGCUGGAUGCCUGUGCAUGUCUGUUUAACAUUGGCUACGGUUCUGACAUCUAUAGAUUUAACUCCUUUAUAACUAAUUUUCUUCAUACAUAUAACCUGCCUGCAACUGACAACAAAAUUCAGUCUCUUUAAUAACGUAUGUUGCAUUAAAACUAUCUAAAUAUGUAGUUUUGCUUUUUUUCCGGCUUAAUUCAAAUACGGUAAAUAUUCACUCACUCCUUGUUAAUGAAUUCUCACAGUCAGCAUUAAAUUAAUGCUCAUUGGAAUUAAUGAUAAUUAUACAUCUGGAAUAUUUUAGGUGGAUAUUACGGUAUUUGUGCUGUGGAUGUCAAAUGACAGCACCAUUAAUUACCAUUAAUUACCUUACAGCAAAUGGUAAAUUUAAUGUUUGUACAUAUGCAUUAUGACAGCUAUGGUCUGUGAGAUAAUUAUCAGGAAUCAUUUUAUUCACCACUUAAAAAGAGAAAUUAGGGCUGCAACAGCUACACCUACUUGGGUGCAGUGGUAGUCCAGUAUGAGAUAUAAGGAGCCUUUGUUUUUGUAUUAAGUGUAUGUGUAAAGCAGUGCAAUGUUAAAGUGAUGGUCUGUUCAUUGUCUUUUCCCUUUGUUUGAUGUGGAAUAAUUUAGCACAAAAUAGUGAUUUAAACAAAUAGGAGGUCACUGUUAGUGAAGAAGAACUUUGUGCCCUUACCUAUAUCUAUCUGUAGUGAGAACUGGGUGAGUCAAUAGGGGAUUCAUUGGUUUAAGUUAGUUUGAUCUGCAUCAAUGGAAUGUUGAUGUCAAAGAGUUUUGCUUCCACGGUUUUGAUGUUGACUUUAAGGAGAUUGCAUACCUUCAGUGAUGUGGACCUUAGGGAGAGUCAUUCCAGGACUUGCACAUCUAAAUGCUGAGAGCAAUUUCUCUGACCUAGUUCGUAGAAGUGUUUUGUCUUUUAUCAGUGUUCAAUAUCCCACUUGAUCCUAGCCCACCUCUGCAACUUGGAAUGUAUCUCUAAGCCAAUAAGUAUAAAUAGAUCAUCAUGGAACUCUCAUCUCACGAGCGGGUAAAGGUUGUGUUUCUGGCGGCGCAGGCAAAGCGAUCUCUUACCACACGAGAGUGACACUGUGGUGCAGCUGUCGGACAGGAAGUGUGGCUAGGAAAUUGAGAUGGACAGCUGACAUCUGGAAAUUUGCGAUGCAUAUGGUGCCAGUGGAGAGAGGGUCGUCGCUGGUCGGUCAUACAAUCAGCACUCUGCGAGCACAAGGAGGAUUAUUUUAAAUGUAAAUUAAUAAAACCUUCUGACUGAAAAGAACAGAACUGAAACCUGUAUGGCUUAUGCAUUUCCUGAGUUCUGGCGUUGGUCAAAUGCCUAGUCCUUUCUUCGAAGCAAAUACCCAUUCAGGGUCAGAAUUCAGAAGUGGUAUACAGUGCUGUUCCUACAGUUUGCACUCAGAAUAGAAUGUGAAUUUAUGCUGUUACUUUAAAGUAUGGAUACAUUUUCUUUCUUUUAGUCUCAUUUUAAUGUACAGUAUAUGCUGUGGCAGAAUCUGACCAGCGAUCUGCACUGUCAGUCAUAUGCUACAUUACUCAUGAUAGACGUCCAAGUAGGGAGCUAAGUCAGCAUGCGUAGGCUGCAAAGGAACAGGUAAAGGUUUAUUCCACGGUGGAAGGAGAGAAAAAGAAACACAACGUUUUGGCUGUUUCACACCUGAAGAAGGUGUUUACUCAUUACUCAUCAAUAUUCACAUUACUCAAUAUAUAAAGUAGUCCCAUCUUUUCAAAGUCGGUUAUCUCUAAAAUAUGCACCUUUGCAGCAUUGUUAGAUUUUAAAAGCAAUGACGUUGCUUCGCGUUAGGGGUAUUUCUAAGCUGAUGCUGUUUUGUUCUUUUGCUUCACACAUUUGUUUUUGUAUUAUGUGCAUUUAAUCAAUUGUGGAGAAUUAUUUUCAAGGUUAAAGCUAUAAAUCAUUUGGGAACAGCGCUUUCUUAGGUUCGUUUAUAGUCAGAAAGUAAAGAUUUUUUAAUUGAUCAGAAAUAACGACUGUAUCUGCACCAUAUAUUAAAUGAAAAGUAAGCCAUAGCCUGAUUAGAGCUCAGAUUCUUAAAUAUGACUUUUUUGUGUUCGUUUAAGACCCUCUGCCCAUAAAUUAAACAAAAGCUUGCAUGACUGCCCAGGUGCAGGAGAGCUGCCAAAAACCUUUUGCUUGCAAAGCCAAAAAGUGAGGAGAGGUGAACUUGGAUGCACAGCCAAAACAUAUUGAUCUGAGCAACAUUUUCUCAUUUCUUUCAUCACCUGUCGGGUGUCAAAUAGAUUGGUAAGUGUUCCUAUUUGACACUUAUUAAUGCUGUUCUGCAGUUCUUAAUGUGAACCUGAAUGUGUCUUUUAUCUGUGUUGUUUUUUUUCCAAAUUCGUACAGUGAAAGUUUUAAACGUGAGCUCUCUGUGUGCAGUCACCUUGCUUGAUUUCUGUAAGGGUCUAGUCCAUAGGCUCUGCUGUAUAGUGACCCUCAGAAAACGGAACUUUCUGAAAUUUUACUGUUGUAACCUCAACUGUUUUGCGCCUUUAUUGUGAUUUUUUUCUGUUUUACUCUAUUUUACAUUUCUCUUCUAUUUGUACUGUGUUUUUGCCAUGCUUUACUCUGCUAGACUACCAUAUGCAGUGCAGCAACUAUUAUGACACAAUGUUCUUUAAAAUAAAUCAUUUAAAAAUCCUGCUGUCAUACACACUGCAGGAAAUCUCUGUGAAAAUACAGUGAAAUGCAGGAAGAUCUAGCAAAAUAAAAUGAAAGGUAAAUUGUCAAAUAUCAGGGAAUAACUGAAGUCAGGUUGUUGAUCUGGUAUCCCUGGUAUCCCUGGUAUCCAAUAAUGGUAAACUAGCUUAAGAGUCUGUAAUUCUUGGUGUUUCUAUGGCAUUAUGGUGAAGACAUUCUUGAUUUCUGAUACUAAUUGCCAAAUUUGCAGCCUUAUCCUAAUCGCAGAAAAUAAAAAUGGAAAAACAUUCUUAUUAAAAAAAACAUAAGCUUAUAGAUUGAAGUCAAUGUUGAUACAUGUUUAUUUUAUGAAUGUAUAAAAACAAAUAUGUAUUUAUCACGUUACAGAUAUAAAAAGUAGCAAUCGCUUUAGACUAUGUUGUUAUAUACAGUAUGAACAAACUGACCUGGGCUGAAUUAAUGCUCCAGAAAUAAGCUACACCCUUAAAAGAAGUGUACUAUGGUUCUUUUGUCCUUUGUAAAUUGUAAUUGUGUUGUACAGGUACUUAAAAAAAAGAUUUGAUAUUUCACAAUAUUCCUGGAAUUCUUGUGUUCAUGCAGGUUUGAAUCAAUAGAGAAAAACUGUUUUGCUGCUUUAUUGAAAUACUGUAUAUGUAUUGUUGUUUAGUGUUUACUGAUAAUUUAUCUUUUUUUUUAAAUCCUACUCAGAAUCUUUAUAGUAAUUUAAGAUACUUUUUUAAAUUUGUCGGAAAGAUUAAAAAUGGAGUAAGACUACAUUGGGAUCGCAGUGUUGUGACUUCUGUCAAAUUACUUAAGAUUUUAGGAUUCUAGAUGAAGAGGUCUAUCUGUUUAGCUUAUUUAUUAUUAAUAAUAAUCCUAUGUACAGUAUUUACAUGUUGUAUUUAAUACUUGGUGUCAAACAAGUCUGUGUACUGGUACUUGAAAGAUGUACCAUUUUCUGAUUUUUUAAAUGUAUUUAAACUUAAUAAAAUACAUUAACUUGAUGAACGUGA